GAUUGAUAAACAUUGACAACCUCAGUUUAGAUGUAAAAUUUGCGAAGUUAAACUUCCAUUGUUACUAACUCCGAAACCAUUAGCAUGGAACCAUUUCUUCAACUCAUAUAUCUGCAAAUUUUCAAUCCAUUAAUACGUAUUGGUUUCAAUAUAUUAUCUUCUAGUAUAUGGUCAGUUUUAGGCUUUCAGCUUUCUCAGAAUAGCCUAUUUUAGAUGCAUAUCUCACAUUCAUGCAACAUUUGAGGCUAAAUGUCUCAUCCACUUCAUGCAGAAAAGAAAGUAGAUUUGGAUCAUAUCGGGUAUAGCCAGAGCAUUUGCUAACAGCUGCAAGUUUGAAACACCAUUGUGCCGAGGGCCUCAACAAUGUUAAAAAAUCUCAAGGGAGCUGCAUUACCUAAUGUUCCAAGGCCACCGCCAUCAACGGGGAAACAGAAGGAGAAUCAGGUAACAACGGAUAAUGCUGCACAAUGUUCAGUCACCUCUAUCUACGGUGCCAAUAUUGGGGACUUGUACCGCAAAGUAACGGCUACAUGGUGCAAAAGCCCGGUUAGCCAUUCGUUUACUAUAAGUGUAGAAAGUCCUUGUGAUGAUCAAAGCCAUAAUACCUGCAAGAUUGAUUUAAAUGGAUGGCAAUUUUGGGGAAAAAAAGGUCUGAAAAACAUCGAAAUAGAUGGCGAAAGGGUCGAUAUUUAUUGGGAUUUUCGAGAAACGAAGUUCAAUGCUAGCCCCGAGCCUUGCUCAGACUAUUAUGUAGCAAUGGUGUGUGAUGAAAAAGUGGUAUUAGUUAUAGGUGACAUGAAAAAAGAUGCUUUAAAAAGAACCAAGAAAAAACUUUCCUUGAUAGACCCUAACUUGUUGUGCAAGCAAGAGCAUAUUUGUGGGAAAAGACUCUUUUGUUCCAAGACCAAACUUGGUGAAGGGAUACAAGAACACGACAUUAUAAUCGAGAACUGUCUAUCCGAUCCCGAUGAUCCCGAAAUGUGGGUUACCAUAGACGGUACCACCAUCAUUCGAGUUAUGAACCUUCAUUGGAGGUUCAGAGGAAAUGAAAUAGUCACAGUUAACAAAACACCUAUACAAAUUUUCUGGGAUGUACAUGACUGGUUAUAUAAUAAAUCCAGUUCAAGCCAUGGAUUAUUUAUUUUCAUACCAGGUGAACCGGAUUCAAACUCUAUCAUCAACAGUGAUGAUGAUUGCAACAUAAAUGUUCCAAAGUUUUGUUAUGUUUUAUAUGCUUGGAAAACUGAGUAGGCAUCAUUCUCUUUCACGGUGGAAACUAUAAACAUUUGUUUUGGUUUGGUCUA